UAUCAUCAAAUAUUGGGAUUUACGGAAUCACAGCGCGAUCAAGGAUACCCCUCCGGUUCAAACUUCUAUUGACGGGUCUACGGCUAAACGGCCACAUGGCGUAUCUGCUUUGUUGCUAAAUAACAGAGGAAAUCGGUUGUAUACAAACAGCACCGAUAACUUUGUUUACAUGUAUGACCCUGCAAAUCUGGGCGCACCGUUGGCACGCUUCACCAGCCCAACAUUUCGGUGCUCAUCAUUCUAUAUUCGUAUGGCCAUAUCUCCCGACGAUAGAUAUAUCAUUAGUGGAUCAAGUGACAAGAACAUAUACAUGUGGGAAACCGAUUUUCCGGAAGAAAGCCCAGUUAUUUUAAAGGCCCAUGAGAAUGAAGUCACUAGUUUGAGUUGGUCAAAAGAUAUCGAAACGUUUGCAUCUUGUUCUGACGAUACUACUUUGCAUCUUUGGAGAUAUCACGUGAAUGACAGUGACAAUGAAAAAGAAGGAAUCUGA